AGAGGUCAGGGAUGAAAGGUCAAGGGAAAUCGGAUUCCUGGAAAUCUAUCACGUACACCGCACUCGCAUUACGCCGACAAUUAUUCGAAAUACGUUUAAAGUUGAUCGAGGAUUUGAAUUUGAAAAAAGUCGUGAAAAAUUUCCGGUAUCCCGGGAUCGGCGAAAUUGGAAAAUUGGCGCGGAUACAGCGCAGCGGCGGUCCGCGGCUCAUGUGUAUUCCAUCUACUGUAAUGAUCCAGACGCCAAUUAACUGGGGAUUAUUUUAUUGAUUAUCCGUGGGGAUGAUAGCGUAUUUCGUUAAUUGUUUCGAAUUAGUCAGCCCCGCUGUAUAUUUAUGUUGUACCACGUGUAUAUUUUAACGACGAGUUGGAACUGUGUAUAAGUAGUAUAGAUUACGAACGCGUUGUAUGCAUGUGGCGAAGUGGAGUUGGCUGCUUAUGUUUUCCUUUGAACUUGCCUAAUCUCUACUACGUGCGAUACUAUCCGACGACUAAUGACCCCCUCGACCUUAAAAUUUUACUCCGUAAAAUGGCGCUCUGCACCUUAUUCCACUUUUCGUGCUGGUGCUCUAAUGUACGUUCGUUUUCCUUCGAGUAUAUAUCUAGAUUCCCUGAUAUUCGUAUAAUUGCAUAUAAUUGUCUUUGAAGUUUAGCAAAUAAAAUAUACGAGUACAAAAUACAUACAAAACAGAGACAAACAGUUUAAAGUGAAUUUGUUCGGUAGAAAUGACAUUUCCAAUUAACACUCUUAUAUUCUGCGCAUUUAUUGAUAUUUUUCACGCACACGUAUACCUCUGUGUGUACGAGGUACAACUAUUCGGGAUCAAAUUAUUCAUCCUCUUUUCAACGUUGAAAUUACAAAAAAAAAAAAAAAAAAAUAGAUCGGGAUUAAAAUCGGAGUUAAUAUUAUAAUCGUACGUAGAAUACUCUACGGGUGAUAUGAGAUUUUAAUUCGUUUCAAUCUCGUAUUUCUUAUUUUUCGUAUCCACGCGGUUAAUCCAGCGGAUUGUAGAGAAGAAAAUAAAAAAGGAACAAAUAUUAUAUCAUCGGAUUAUACCGAGAAUUACAUCUUGCGCGAUACGUUGUACACGCGUAUGUGCAGUAUGUGGAUAUUCAGGAACUCGUUACAGAGAAAUAAUUGCCUCAAGAAUUGAUUGGUAAUCAAGUAUACCAGUUGGAACGGUGGACUGCAUGCGGUCCGUUUAAGGUCAAGAUGAAUUAUUUCUAUGUUUUAUUUAUGCAUUCGAUCGUGACGUGUUCGGAUUACAAAACAACUCGCGAUGGAGAUUCCGUAUUACGUAGCUGUGUUGUACGAUUAUGCAGUUUUCGCAUAGACGCAGCAUCGCGAAUCGCGACGCGCGAUGCGCGUUAUUCCAUCGGAAUUCCGGAAAUUCCGAGCUCGUGGAUUCCAAAGAGUUCCGAUCGAACCACGCUCGUGUAAACCCGGCGUCGAAAUUAUACAAAUAUUAUGUUGCCAAAUUCUGACUGUUGAUACAAACACCGUUCGAUUUCGAUCAUCGAAGUGUAACGAGGUGAUAACCCACAAUUUCUUAUUCGUGUGCUUCGGGUCAACCGAACUGACGUGAACUGAUUAUCGGGGGAUGCUCCUGUUUUUUUUUUUUUUUGGGGUCUUUUUUUCGAUUGGAAAAGCGAAAAAUGAAGAACGAGGAUAUGAAAAAAAAUAUAGGAAACGCAAAAUUCAAAGGGAACGCGUUGAUCUUUGAUUAUUUCGAGGGAGAUGAGGGCCGGGGUGAGAAAUGGUUGAUUUGUCGAAGCACCCGGUAGGUACCGUGUCGGCGUCGGCAAAAGUUGCUGUCGUUAUUCGGGGCAAUUUAAUAUCGAGGCUGAUGUCGAUCGAGCGAACGAGCAGAAAGCAAUUACCAGUCUGCAGGCAAACAUUGUCAAAAUACACCUGCCGCUAAAUAUCAACGCUGUCUAUAUACCUAUACGUAAACUUGUAUCCGUACGUAAAUCGAGUGUUGAACCGAUGCGAGUGCGACAAUUUCAACACCUAGAGACACACGCGCUUUAUUUUUUUUCGCCCCUAUUUGACCCGAAAGGGGCGAAUAAAGCGCAGGAAGAAAAAAAAAAAAAAUGUCACCCGAGUUACGACAUGAGGCCGAAGCACUCGGAACAGGCGCCUCAUUGGAAGGACACCGAGUACCUGAACGAAAGAGCGAUGUUCAGAACGGUGACCGAACCCGCGACGUUGAACAUCGACCACGUCGAGGAGAGGGACGAAGGUGAUUACAGGUGCAGAGUCGACUUUACAAAAAGUCCGACGAGGAACUCGAGGAUCCAAUUGACCGUCAUAGUUCCACCUCACAAGCCAAAUAUUCUUGACGAAAAUGGGAGAACGGUACCUACUGUCGCAGGACCAUACGUCGAAGGGGGAGUCAUGAGACUGACUUGCCUCGUCUCGGGAGGUCGUCCCCAGCCGGUGGUUCGGUGGUGGAGGGGAGAAAAUCUUCUGGACUCCAAGGACGAACCGGGAGAAUUUCCGGCCCUCAGACGGAACACUUUGGUCGUUACGAGCCUGUCCAGGGCGGAUUUACACGCUGAAUUCACCUGCCAGGCUUUGAACAACAACAUAAGCCAACCGGUUUCGGCAUCGGUUCGCAUAGAAAUGCACCUGACACCCAUGAGCGUCCAGAUGCUCGUCAGCGAUCUCGCACCCCUCAGUGCCGAGAGAAAGUACACCAUAAAAUGUAUGACCUUCGGAUCCAGGCCACCGGCCAAAAUCACCUGGUUCCUAGACGGGAAGAGUUUGGAAAAUUAUUCGGAAAAGAUUUCGCAGGACACGAACAUGACGGAAUCCUCGCUGUCAUUCAAAGCGACUCUUCAGGAUCAUAAAAAAGUAUUGACAUGUCGCGCAGACAAUCCUCUUGUCGACGGAGGCGUCGAAGAGGAUACUUGGAAGCUCAACAUUCACUUCGUUCCCGUUCUCCGGUUGGAUCUUGGCUCCAACAUGAACCCCGAGGACAUCGAGGAGGGUGACGAUGUUUACUUCGAAUGCAAGGUUCACGCUAAUCCAGAAGCUUACAAGGUCGUUUGGAAACACAACGGAAAUGUUAUACAAAACAAUGCGAAGAACGGUUUCAUCGUACAACGUUACGACCUCGCCCUGAGAACCGUUAACCGAUCUCAGGCUGGAAAUUACACGUGUGUCGCCAGUAACGUCGAGGGGGAUGGAACGAGCAACAGCGUAGAGUUAAAAAUAAUGUAUAAACCGAUCUGUCUUCCGGACCAAAAACGCGUUUACGGCGUCGCGAGGCACGAAGAAGCUCGCGUUGUUUGUCGCGUCGAGGCUUACCCAGCCCCCGAUAGUUUCCGGUGGGCGUUCAACAACACCGAAGAAAUGGUAGACGUUCCUCAAGCACGUUAUAAAAAUUCCACCAGAAGAACACAGAGCACAUUGACCUACAGACCCGUUACGGAAAUGGAUUACGGAAUGGUUCUUUGUUGGGCGAGCAAUACCGCUGGACAACAAAGGAACGCUUGUAUGUUCCACAUCAUACCGGCAGGCAAGCCCGAGUCCCCUUACAAUUGCACGUUGACAAACCAAACUACGGAUUCCCUUUCGGUCGAGUGCGCUGUGGGGUUUGACGGUGGUCAGCCGCAGCACUUCCUACUGGAGGUUUUCGACCAACACACAGGGAUGCUUCAGGCCAACAUCACCUCAAAGGACGCUGCUUUUACCGUCCAGGAUUUGAAACCUGGAAAAGUCCUCAAGAUGAUUCUGUACGCAGCGAAUUCAAAGGGACGCAGCGAUCCGACGUUACUCGAGGGUUUCACGCUCAAGAUCGCCGAAAAACAAACUGUGCGGGUUCUGUUCACAGGAACGCCGAUCCCGUUCGAGCUAACGCCGUUAUUAGGUGUCCUGAUCGGAGUAAUAACGGCCCUGAUUUUGGUGACUCUGAUAAUUUUGGGCGCGCUGAAAUUGAAAAGUGAUCGAAGAGCCCAGCGGCCGGGUGAUUUGCCGUUGAAGAAAGCGACCGCGCCGAGCGCCGAGGAACUCUACGACACCGAUGACAGAAAUCCGGACGUCGUCCCGACGAACAAAGAUUCAGAUUAUCAGCUCACCGGAUCAACUGCUGGGACUCCAUUGGCCGUGCAAUCGACCCCCGAUGGACAACCCUCCAAUAUUCCCGCUCAUCAGAUGAACCAUCUUCAAGGACUUCCACCGACCUACCAGCUCAAUGAGUACGACAAUUAUCCAACAUUACCGUUAUCCGGUGAAGUGACCUACGCCGAAUUAUGUUUGGCGCGUCCGACGACGCUGUCGACGUCUGGUUUGGAUACAAAAAUGGGUGUAAUUGUCGGCGGUAAGCCUUACACGAAGGAGGCGACAGUUUACGCGUGUAUAGAUCACAGCGUGAGGCCGCCUCCAGGUUCACUUGGAUUUCAGCAACAACAGGAUGUCGGGGUGAUAACAACGCCCGGAAGUGGUGUUUUAUCCGGUAAGCAUCACCCACGUGAAGUUGUUACCGUACGCACACCCCUAAUAUCGACACAAGAAAGUUGCGUAUAGGGGCGGGAAUCCGACGCGCUCAACGUUAACGAGUACUACGUAUGAAAACCGACGCUUUGAAACGAUUGUUUCUGCAUUUUUACGAACGAAAAUAAACGGAUAAAUAAAUGAAUGACUUGAACAAGAGAAUAAACAUUUAACGUCGAGAAAAUUAUGCGUCGGAAUUCGACAAAUUAUGCAUAGGGACACUCGCUAAUUCAGGGGCGCGUCGUUAGGAAAGAUUUGAGAGAAAAAUUAAUCGAGAAUUAACUUUGAAGAAUAGUGAAUUAUAUUAUAGUAAUUAUAGUAAUUAUGGGAGAGUGGGGAAAAAGACAACCGAGGAUAUCGAUGUUUUGACAAAAAUUAAAAAAAAAUUCCCUUUUUUUUUUAUCUUGUUGAAAACGCGCGAUUGCAAAUAUUUCAUAUUCUUCUACAUCCUAUCUAUAUUAUAGAGUUUGAAUUCCGAAAAUCCCGUCUUCUUAAAAAUCACAAGAAAUUCGAAUGGUCUUUCCUCAACAAUUUUAUGCGAUUGUUUUUCCGUCUCUCUCUUAUCAUUGUCUGUCUUCCUCAUAUGCUAAUAAUUUUCCCCAACCAAACUAUUGAAAGAUGUUUUUUUUUUUUCAUACCAAUGAAAUAAUUGCGUCGUUUCGUUGACUGAAAUGAAAUCAAAAAUUCAUUCGAUAUCCUCGAUUAUCGAGAUAACCAAAAAGUUGUAAAUUGAAGAAAAAAAAAUGAUUUCUAAACAAAAAUCAGUAAAAGAUCUGAAGAGAAAUAACAUUAUCUAUUAUUAAAUAAUGAAUCAUUGAAUUAAAAACAGAUCGCUUUUAUUUACAAAAUUCAAUAAUUGAUAUGAAACGAAUAUCGACUCUGUAAGAUGUAAUUUAUCAUUACACGUAUUAUAAUUAAAAAUACUUGACAAUUACGGUGUAAAUAAAUUCUCAAUUUUAAUAUAAAAAUUACAAUAGAUGUGUAUAUUAUUAUACAUAUAAGGGAGAACAAGAAAUUAUUUAUAACUCUCCGAAAUUUUUUUCGAACGGCAUGUAAUAGCAUUAUGGUCGAUACCGAUAAGUAAAUUAAAACAAUAAAAAUCAAAAACAAAAAAAAAACAAACAAACAAGGAUAAGACACAAAGAAACGAACGAAAUAACAUUUGAAUAUUUCAAAACCGUACGUAAAAAUAAUAUCAGUAACGAUAACAAUAACAAUAAUAAUAAUAAUAAUAAUAAUAAUAAUUACAUUAAUAAUAACAAAUUUAUUAAUAAUAAUUAUGCAAGUGUAAAAAUGGUAAAUGAUAGAUGUAUACAUAUUACACAAAUGACACACCCACGUAUAUAAACCAUGCAUAUAAAAUACACUGAUAAUUAUUAUAAUUUCAAUAAUAAUUGUAUCGUCAAAGGAACAAUUCGAUUGUAGGUACGUGUAAAUUUGUAAAUAAUAUAUAUUGUAUUAAAGAUAUUCUAUCAGAUAAAUUAUAAAUAUAUACAUAUAUUAUUCAUUAAAAAAUUGAAAAAAAAACGAAAAGACAAAAAAAAAAAAAAAGAAAAGAAAUGAAAAAUUAACGAACAACUAAAAGUAUAGAGAAGAAGAAAUAAAUUCGGCUUGUUUCACCCAAAGAUAGAAUUUGAAUUAAUGAAAACCAAACGGAAAAUUCCAAAUUAAAUCAAGAACAAUUAAAGAUUUAAAUUUGGAGGGGUGAAGAAGAAGGCGAUGAAUUCGACUAACGAUAAUGAUAAUAACUCACAUGAUACACUGUAAAAUAUGAUAUAACAUACACAUUAAUUAUGAUAAUAACACACGCUCGAGUGUUGUACAGCAUAAAUAUUUUUUGUAAGUAAUUUUAAGAUUCGAAUUUUGAAUUAUCUAUAAAUAACGUAUAUAAUUAUAAACAAAGAAAUUAUACAUACCUACGAUAAUAACGGUAAUAAUAACAGCAAACAAUGACGUUUGUUACUACUAUUAUUAUUAUUGUAAUUAUUAUUAAUAAUAACUGGAUAAGAAAAUCUUACCAUAAGUUGAUCAGUUUCUUAUCAUCUUCAUGUAGAAAUCUGAAACACGGGGUGCGUUUUUGGUUUUUUUUUUCUCCUUUUUUUUUUUUGUCUUCUAACUGGAUUUUCAAUUGAUUUUGUUUCUUUUUUGUUCCUCCCACCACUGGGUAUAAUUUACUUGCUUAUUUUGGGCACGUAUUUUAACCCACCCCUUUCGGUGGAAUUAAUCCGACAUUUACAGAACUUCGUGAAAUUAAGGUCCGUCUAUACAUACGGUCGGUUUUUUUUUUCCAAUUUCAUUUCGUUUCGUUUUAUUUGAACUUUUCUCUUCUCGUUUCGGUAAUUUAAAGAUGUGCUUUCGCCAAAUUUCGUUUGCAUUUUUUAAUACCCAUGACUAUAAUUAUUCGUAUUGCGGUUUACGCCUCCUGAUAUACAUACGUAAUAUGCUCUUACCCGUUGAUAAAAACGCGAUUUUUCACCGCUGUCUCGUUUAUCUCUUCUCUAUUUGUUCGAUUUUGGAGAAUUCGUUUUUUUUUUCACUCAAUCCCCUUACAGUAACUCGAAAAAUCGGCAAUUUAUGUUUCUACAGCUGCAACUGCCCUCGGAAUUCCCAUGCGAUAUUACAUGUACUAAUAUUAAAAGCAUUUUAUUCCCGAUCGCCAUAAUUCAUUGACGAUAUUAUUACCUAUCGAUAUUAUUAUAUAAUCACUAUUAUUGAUAUCAUUAUCAUUAACAUUAUCAUUAUUAUUAGUAUUAUUAUUGAUAUCAUUUUUCUCCGAGCUUCAGAUAUAAUUUUAUUUUGUAUAUUCGCGAUGAGAGAUUAUUUGUGAGGGACGUGUACAUGUACUAAUAUAAUGUGAAGUGAGAAUGAUGGCUGAUAGUUUUUUAACGCGCUCUUUUGUAUAUUAUUAUGUAUUGAGUAAAAAGAAAAAAAAAAAAAAAACUAAAAAAAAAAAAAAAGGAAAACAAAAUUAUUAUCAUUAUUAUAAUAAAUUAAUGAAAUGAAUACAUAUUGUCUCUUAUCUCAUUGGAAAUGUCAAGGAUAAUAAAUUUAGAGAGAAAAAAAAAAACCAGUCAAAAGUAAUAAUUAACAGAAAAAACCAUGAAAAAAAAAGCCGCUACGAAGAUGCUCAGAAUGUAAUGCUUCUUCCGAGCUCAAAUAUGAAAGAUUUUUAUCGAACGCAGGUGUAACUAGGUAUAAUGCAGAAGAAUAAAAAGAAA